UGGCCAUUGAGUUGUGUGGCGAAUAUGUCUUUUUUAAAACGUUUACAGACGACCCUACUUUCAAAUAGAAAGACUGUUACCAAGAAUGGUGCCAAUUAUGAUGUAAAACAUGUUCGCGUCUAUCGUUGGGACCCCGAGAAGGGAGAGGAACCUAAGCUAGUGACUUAUCCCAUUCCUCUAAAGGAGUGUGGUCCUAUGGUUUUAGAUGCUUUGUUCAAAAUAAAGAACGAAGUGGACUCGACUUUUGUAUUUAGGAGGUCCUGUAGAGAGGGAAUAUGUGGGAGUUGUGCAAUGAAUAUCGAUGGAAAGAAUCGUCUUGCUUGUUUGACUCCCUUAGCUGGACCCAAACAGACCGUGACGGUGUAUCCCUUACCUUAUAUGUAUGUUAUUAAGGACUUGAUUGUGGAUUUGUCCAACUUUUACGCUCAACAUCGUGCAGUUAAGCCAUGGUUAAUUCGUUCUACUCCUCCAGGUGGUAAAGAAGGUCUGCAAUCCAAGGAAAGUAGAUUGAAGUUGGAUGGCCUUUAUGAAUGCAUUUUAUGUGCGUCUUGCUCCACUUCAUGCCCCAGUUAUUGGUGGAAUCCUGAAAAGUAUCUUGGUCCAGCCGCCUUGUUGCAAGCUUAUCGGUGGAUAAUUGAUAGUCGUGAUGAAGGAACUAUGGAACGUCUAAAGUUUCUUGACGAUGAUUAUAAAUUAUAUCGUUGUCAUAGUAUUGGAAAUUGUACGCGAACUUGUCCAAAGCACUUGGACCCGCAGGCUGCAAUAUCAAAGAUUAAGGCUCUAGUUGAGUCGAGUCCAAACAAAGUGAUGUCAAUAACAGGUAAAAAAGCAGCCGCUGCUCAUUCCAGUUGAUAAAGAAAAUACCAAAACAUGAA